GACGCUGGCGUUUUUCGGCACGUGCAAAUGUUUAUAAACUUCAACGUUUUGAUAAGCGGUCAAGUAAACCGUACUUUUAUAUAUAAAUAAUCUAUUUAGAAAACGUAACAAUAUGAUUGCCGCAGCUGGUAUGAGUGAUGAUGAAGAAAGCGAUGAAGGUUUCAGCUUUGGAUCCUCAUUGCCAAGGCAACAUUCAUAUUAUGAACCACCUCCGGUGGAUCCUCACACGACGCUAAUUAAUGAAUUAUAUGCUGCUGUUAAAGAUGGUGAUUUGUGUGCUAUUCAGAAGUCUUUAAAUAAUGAUUUAGGUGUCACAUUGGAGACUCCCCUACAGGGAAACUGGACAGCAAUGAUGCAUGCCUGUAGUGAUGUUAAUAUUCCCGUUGUCAAAUUUCUGAUUCAGAAAGGAGUUUCUGUUAAUUCUCAUAUUGCAUUAUUCACUCCAUUAAUGGCAGCCUGCUCAACAACAAAUAAUACUGAAGAGAAUGUUUUAGCUUUGGUUAAAUUAUUAAUAGAAAAUGGAGCUAAUAUUAAUUUUACUGAUGCACAUGGAGUUACGGCCUUAAUGUUAGCAAGCCAAGUGGGUUAUGUUUCUGUGGUUGAGGAAUUACUUACACAUAAAAUAAAAGUUAAUCAAGCAGAUAAUCAAGGACAUAAUGCUUUAUUCUGGGCUAUUAACGAAAACCACUACCAAGUUUGUUCUUUGCUUAUUGAAAAAAAUUGUGAUGUCAAUGCUGAGGACAUUAGAGGUACUACAUGUUAUCAACUAGCAUCUUCGAAAGGUCUUGUAGAGAUCAUGGAUCUACUAGAUAGUUGUGCUGGAGGUAGAAAACCAAAUCCAUACUGGGUAGAAGCUAGAAAUUUGAUUGAAAAUGUAGGAUGGAAGAAUUUGGUACCAGGCGUUAAAUGGUGUGGAGCAGAAGAGCCACCUUAUUAUGCUGAUUUGGAUGCAAUCCUUACUGGCAUGGAGUUGGAACAUCAUGUGCCAGACAUAAUUCACAAAAGAAUUUCUUUAUCAGAAUUUCUUCUACUUAAUGAGCAAAAGUUAAAAGAAUUAAAAUUCUUACUACCUUAUGAAAGAAGGAUUAUAAUGCAGAAUUUGAAAUUAUUUCAUAUAAAACCUUGGCUCAAAAAUUCCAUAAUGAGACCUAUUCCAGGCGAGGAUUUUGAUAUUUUCAAUUUCUUGAUCCAAAUAACAGCUCACUAUAAACAUAUUGCACUCAUUAAUGUAUCACUUAAAGCAUUAAAUGAAAAUAGUAAAUUUGAGAAAGGAACAUAUGAAAGUAAUAAAUUGCAAGUGGCUAAAGCAAUUGAAAAAUGUCAAGCAAGUCUAAUGGAUUUGAAGAGACAAUUAAAAAUUGUUCAGGAUGUAUUAAGUAAGGUAACAGCAGCAACAGAAGAACCUGUUUUGUUUAUAAGUAGCGAUACAAAAGUACAUAAACCAAAACGAAAUUGGUUCAAAUAUACGAUUUAUACAUUUUUGCCUUUAGUUGCAGUAUAUUCUAUUAAGAAGGUAAUUAAAAAACUGUGA